AUGCCCAAUGUACCCGAGAGCCCAGGGAUCACCAAUUGUGCCAAGAGCCCCGCAAUCCCCAAUGUACCCGAGAGCCCAGACAUCCCCAAAUUACCCGAGAUCCCGGAGAUCCCCAAUGUACCCGAGAGCCCGAAGAUCCGCAAUGGACACGAGGUUCUAGAGGUCCUCAAUGUACCCGAGGUUCCAGGGAUCCCCAAUUUAGCCGAGAGACCAGCGAUCCCCAAUGUACCAGAGAGCCCGGAUUUCCUCAAUGUACCCGAGUGCCCUGAGCUCCGCAAUGAACCUGAGAGCCCGAAGAUCCCCAAUAGUUCAGAGAUCACCAGUGUACCCAGUGGUCCAGAGUUCCUCAAUGUACCCGAGGUUCCAGGGAUCGCAAAUUUAGCCGAUAGCCCAGCGAUCCCCAAUGUACCCGAGAGCCCGGAUUUCCUCAAUGCAACCGAGUGCCCUGAACUCCCCAAUGUACCUGAGAGCCUGAAGAUCCCCAAUGUGCCCAAGAGCCCGGUGAUCCCCAAUGUUCCAGGGAUACCCAAUUUAGCCGAGAGACCAGCGAACCCCAAUGUACCAGAGAGCCCGGAUUUCCUCAAUGUACCCGAGUGCCCUGAGCUCCCCAAUGAACCUGAGAGCCCGAAGAUCCCCAAUGUACCCAAGAGCCCGGUGAUCCGCAAUAGCCCGAUGAUCCACAAAGUACCCGAGAGCCCUGGGCUCCCCAAUGUUCCCGAGAGUCCAAAGAUCCCCAAUAUUACGGAGAACCCGGAGAUACCCAGUGUAUCCGUGAUUCCAGAGAUCCCCAUUGUACGUGAGAGUCCAGCGAUCCCCAAAAAUCCAGAGAUCAGCAGAGUACCCGAGAGCCCCUCGAUCCCCAGUUUACCCGAGAUUCCUAAGAUCCCCAAUGUACCUGGGAGUCCAGAGAGCCCCAAUGUAUCCCAGAAUCCAGAGAUCCCCAGUCUACCCGAGAGUCCGCAGAUCCCCAAUGGUCCAGAAAUCCCCAAUGUACCCGAGGUUGCAGUGAUCCCCAAGGUAGCCGAGAGCCCAGAGAUCCCCAAUGUACCCGAGAGCCCGAUUAUUCGCAAUGUACCCGAGUGA